CACAUCGUAAAGUUGCAUCAUUUUGUGCAUCAUUCAGAUGAAAAUAAAUAAAUAUUUUAUGAUCGUUUUAUCAUUCUACAAUCUAAAUAUUUCAUAUCCUCAAAGUUUGUUCUAAAUAUGGAAGGUGUUGUUUUCAAAAAAUCAUUCAAACGAAACAUACGAAAAAGAAAAAUAAGCGGGAGUGAUGCAUCAAGUAGUGAAGAUGAAACUAGAGUUUUACAAAAAGAAAAAAAGUCCAAUUUUAGUAAUCCCAUGAUUCAAAGUACAAACAAAAGCAAAAAGAAAACUCGGGACAUUGUGGUAGACGACAACGAUGAUGAACCUGCUUUGGUAGCGUAUAAAUCCGACAAGACAAGUGCUCGAGUUGGCCCAUCAGAUAUGGGUGCUACAUCAUAUAAUCAAGUUGAGACUGAGAAAGACAGAGAUGCUCAAGCAAUAUUCGAGAAAGCACAAAAAAUUAAUGACGAGCUCAAAGACAAAGCUGAUGAUAAAGUAUAUAGAGGUAUUAACAAUUAUGCUCAAUAUAGCAAAAUAAAAGAUACUGCACAGGGUAAUGCAUCUAGUGGUAUGGUCAGAAAAGGACCCAUACGAGCACCUGAUAAUAUCAGAUCUACAGUUAGAUGGGAUUACCAACCUGACAUUUGUAAAGAUUAUAAAGAAACUGGUUUUUGUGGCUUUGGUGACAGUUGUAAGUUUUUGCAUGACCGUUCAGAUCAUAAACAUGGUUGGCAACUAGAAUUAGAAAUGGCAAACAAUACCUAUGGGGCUGAAGAUGAUACAAAAUAUGAAAUAAGUUCUGAUGAAGAUGAUUUGCCUUUCAAGUGUUUCAUUUGUCGCAGUUCUUUUGUUGAACCUGUUGUAACUAAAUGCCAACAUUACUUUUGUGAGAAGUGCGCUCUAGAGCAGUACAAAAAAAGUUCCAGAUGUUAUGUUUGUGGUACGCAAACUUCUGGUUUUUUCAAACCAGCUAAAGAAUUGAAAGCUAAAUUAGCAGCUAGGGAGGCAAAAGAUUCUCCUGAAAAUAGUGACUGAUUAUUGUUUUUUAUUUUAUUUUAAAUUUUAUUAGUAGUUGUAGUACUUUGUUUCGUGAGCCAUUAAACAGAUUACUAAUCAAGAUAUUUUCAUAUUAGCACCUGUUCAAGCCAACUACUUUCAAAAGCGUCGAAGGAUCUUUAGUUUUUAAAUUAAAAUUCUUUGAACUAUCUUCUUUUCUUUUUUUUAGUUUUUUGCAUCCAUUGUCUGGUUGUGACAAAGUUUGGCUGGAUUUAGUCUGGGGGGGGGUGUGCUCAGGACUGCUGAGGGUCCAACUAAAAUGUCUUAAAACUAUUUUGGAGUUUAUAAUUUAUUAAUUUUUAAAAAAAAAAAAACUUGCGGAGAAUUUUUAUGUCUAUAAUGUUAUGUUUAUUUUUGUGUUUUGAGGAAGGGGCCAGCUGUAGAUUUUGUUCUCGGGGUCCUUAAAACCUUUGUUCAGAAUUGAAUACUAAUUAAUAAAUUUCCCCCUCUAAGUUAUUAAUGAUGCUAGUGAGGCUUAAUUAACUGUAGUAAAUUGUACUAUUCAUAUUCUAAUAAUUGGUACCUAAUAAACAAAUAUAGGUACUGAGGUAAUAUUUUUCUGGGCUUCCUGAAACAGAGCAGUUGGUACUUUAUUAGCAUUUAUUUGUUGUAAUUUUUAUGUUCUAGAAAGCAUGUUCUUUACCAAAGUUAAAAGUUUACCUCAUACUGUGUUUAAAAACACAGAAAUGUUUUUUAUUUAUGGCUUGUAUCUUUUGUAAGAAUUAGUUAUAUAUUCUCCAUGUAUAUUGUUAUAAGAUACGUCUCACUGUCAAAGGUUGUACAAAACACUAUGCAUAAGUAUUUAAUUUAAAGUGUAUAGUUAAAAACAAAAAAAUAAAAAUAAUAAAUCUCAUUGUUUAAA